CCCAGACGCUGGUGAAUACAUAAACGAGUCUGUCGAUUUUAACGCGUUACUGACAGCCUCCAGCAUUUUCAUCAGCAUCGGGUGCGUCAUCCUCCUUGUCGGCGUUGUCGGAGUUUGUGGAACAAUCAGAAGGAGCCAGUGCCUUCUUGUUGUGUUUUUCAUCAGUUUGUGCAUCGUAUUUGUGGUUCUUCUUGCGGCUGGAGUGAUUGUUCUCAUCCAGAUGGAUAACGUGAAAGACGCAUUCGGCAAUUACCUCCAGAGCAAAGUUAAUGUCUACAAGGGCGACACAGAUGCCAAACUCUUCAUACAUAACUUCCAGGAAGCGUUCCAUUGCUGUGGAGCCAAAUCUGGAAUUUCAGAUUAUCCUGUUGACACCUUAACUGAAGUCUCCUGUAAACUUGAGACUUAUCAGAAGCCUUGUGCCGAGGAGUUUUUCAAAACACUGGCACCGAACCUUGGUAAAACGGCGGCAGUGGCAUUUCUUGGCGCUGUUAUUAUGAUUAUAGGAAUGGUUUUGUCUAUGAUGUUCUGCUGUGCCGUAAGGAAGGAUUCGCCUUGAGGACGAUAAGGCACAAGAGGAGUAACAGCGGUUGUCAAUGACAACACCUCAGCACUUCAUUCUGCUCCUUUAUCCCAUAGAAGAAUCUUAUCCUCUCUCAAUCAUUCUCUGAAACAUUUCCAAAAGUAUCAUUUUCAUACCAUGAUGUCAUUUUUUUAUUAAAACAUAAUAAUCCAUGA